CUCUCUCCCUCUCAUCUACUUUUAAUUUGUCCAUCUCCUUUCUUUAUCGCCUGUGGCUGUGGGGUCGCUUCUCUGCAACUCCCCCCACUCCAUUCCCCACGAAACUACAAAACCUCUCUCUCUCUCUGUGUGCGAAUUAUGGAAAUGGAGAGCCCAACGAUAUCCGCGCAAGCGCACCGCCUCUCACAACCACCCCAGACUCUAUCUCCGUGCGGCAGCGGACGGCGGAGCAGCAGCGCCUCCAACUCGCCGGAGUUCGAGUUCUGGAUGGUCGGGAACCCCAUCUUCCCCCAGCCCGAGCUCCUCUCCGCCGACGAGCUCUUCGUCGACGGCGUCCUCCUUCCCCUCCAGCUACUCCAUCUCCACCAGCCCGACCCGCCGGACCCCGUCCCCCAGGCCGAGACCGCACCCGAAGGGCCGGAACCUCCCGCUCUCGAAGCAGACCUUACCAACAUCCCCGACCCGGAUCCGGAACCCGGGCCCCAGCUGACCCCGACGUCGUCGACCACCUCUUCGAAGCGGUGGAGAGACAUCUUCAAGAAGAGCGAGAAGAAGUCCACCAACAACCAAGAAGAGAAGCCGCCGUCGUCGUCGGCGGAAAAGGACAAGGACAAGAAGAAAGAGAAGAAAAGCCAAGGCCGGGCCGGCUCGGGCUCCGCUGAGCUCAACAUCAAUCUGUGGCCCUUCUCGCGGAGCAGAUCCGCCGGCAACAGCGGCGCCCGGCCCAGAUUGUCGGCGUUCGGUGGCCCGAGCGCCCGGAAGGUGAGCAGCGCGCCGUGCUCGCGGAGCAACUCAGCGGGGGAUUCCAAGUCCAGGAAGUGGCCGAGCAGCCCGGGCCGGGUCGGGGUGCAUUUGGGCCGGAACAGCCCUGUUUGGCAGGUGCGCCGUGGGGCCCCGCCGGCCAAGGUCCCCGCCCCUGCCGCUGCCGUCCCCGAGCCUGUGGCCCGGAGUGUCGAUAAGGUUGUCCUAAAAUCCGAAGCCGCGGCCGAGACCCACAGGAGCAAGGCGGCGAGAGGCGGGGCCGGCGGCGGAGCAAACAAGGCUAGAGUGUUGAAUUUGAACGUGCCAAUGUGUAUUGGGUACAGGCACCACUUCAGCUGUAGAAGCGACGAUAAUAGCGCAAUCCGCGUGGUCGGAGCCGAUUGCGGCGACACCAGCGGCGGCGGCGAGAGCGGCACCGGAGCCGGCAGAGGCGAUAACGGUGGGAGUAGUAAUAAUAUUUUCAACCUCCGGAGCCUUUUCACCAAAAAGGUGCACUAAUUAACAGCAUAUUUUCUAGAAUAAGCUUUAAUAUUUUUUUUUCCUUUUUUUUUUUUUGUGAUUUUCGAGUCUAUUGUUUAAUAUUUUUGUAUAAAGAGCGAAAUCUAGUUCCAUAUUGUUAUAUUUGGUGUAUAAUUAACCAUGGAAAAAGCUUGCUGCCUUU